AUGGCUAGUAAAAAUUUACAAGGUUUAAGAGAUAAUUUCUCUUUACUUGGUGAAAAAAAUAAAGUUUUAGUAGCAAAUAGAGGUGAAAUCCCAAUUAGAAUCUUCAGAUCCGCUCAUGAAUUAUCUAUGCGUACCGUAGCUAUUUAUUCUCAUGAAGAUCGUUUAGCUACUCAUAGAUUAAAAGCUGAUGAAGCUUAUGUUAUUGGUGAAAAAGGUGAAUAUACUCCAGUUGGUGCAUAUCUAGCAAUUGAUGAAAUUAUUGAUAUUGCUAAAAAACAUAACGUUGAUUUUAUUCAUCCAGGUUAUGGGUUUUUAUCAGAAAAUUCAGAAUUUGCAUCAAAAGUUGCUCAAGCUGGUAUUACUUGGAUUGGUCCACCAUCAACUGUUAUCGAUUCUGUUGGUGAUAAAGUUUCUGCAAGAAAUUUAGCUGGUAAAGCUAAUGUUCCUGUUGUUCCAGGUACUCCAGGUCCAAUUGAAUCCGUUGAAGAAGCUUUAGAAUUUGUUAAAGAAUAUGGUUAUCCUGUUAUUAUUAAAGCUGCAUUUGGUGGUGGUGGUAGAGGUAUGAGAGUUGUUAGAGAAGGUGAUGAUGUUGCAGAUGCUUUUCAACGUGCAACAUCUGAAGCUAAAACAGCUUUCGGUAAUGGUACAUGUUUCGUUGAAAGAUUUUUAAAUAAACCAAAGCAUAUCGAAGUUCAAUUAUUAGCUGAUAAUUAUGGUAAUGUUGUUCAUUUAUUCGAAAGAGAUUGUUCUGUACAAAGAAGACAUCAAAAAGUCGUUGAAGUUGCACCAGCAAAAACUUUACCAAUUGAUGUUAGAAAUGCAAUUUUAACAGAUGCUGUUAAAUUAGCAAAAGAAGCAGGCUAUAGAAAUGCAGGUACAGCAGAAUUUUUAGUUGAUGAUCAAAAUAGACAUUAUUUUAUUGAAAUUAAUCCAAGAAUUCAAGUUGAACAUACAAUUACCGAAGAAAUUACAGGUAUUGAUGUUGUUGCCGCACAAAUUCAAAUUGCAGCAGGUGCAUCAUUACCACAAUUAGGUUUAUUACAAGAUAAAAUCACUACAAGAGGUUUUGCCAUUCAAUGUCGUAUUACAACAGAAGAUCCAUCAAAAAAUUUCCAACCUGAUACAGGUAGAUUAGAAGUUUAUAGAUCAUCUGGUGGUAAUGGUGUUAGAUUAGAUGGUGGUAAUGCUUAUGCAGGUGCAGUUAUUUCUCCACAUUAUGAUUCCAUGUUAGUUAAAUGUACUUGUUCUGGUUCAACUUAUGAAAUUGUUCGUCGUAAAAUGAUUCGUUCUCUAAUUGAAUUUAGAAUUAGAGGUGUUAAGACUAAUAUACCAUUUUUAUUAACUCUAUUAACUCAUCCUGUUUUUAUUAGUGGUGAAUAUUGGACAACUUAUAUUGAUGAUACUCCACAAUUAUUCCAUAUGGUUGCAUCACAAAAUAGAGCUCAAAAAUUAUUACAUUAUUUAGCUGAUUUAGCUGUUAAUGGUUCUUCAAUUAAAGGUCAAAUUGGUUUACCAAAAUUAAAGAAAAACCCAGAUAUUCCACAUAUUCAUGAUGCUGAAGGAAACUUAAUUAAUGUUACUACACCACCACCAAGUGGUUGGAGACAAGUAUUAUUACAAGAAGGUCCAGAAGAAUUCGCUAAACAAGUUAGAAAUUAUAAUGGUACUUUAUUAAUGGAUACUACUUGGAGAGAUGCUCAUCAAUCUUUAUUAGCUACAAGAGUAAGAACUAUCGAUUUAGCUGCUAUUGCUCCAACUACUGCUCAUGCUUUAUCUGGUGCUUUUGCCUUAGAAUGUUGGGGUGGUGCUACCUUUGAUGUUGCUAUGAGAUUCUUACAUGAAGACCCAUGGGAACGUUUAAGAACUCUAAGAAAAUUAGUUCCAAAUAUUCCUUUCCAAAUGUUAUUAAGAGGUGCUAAUGGUGUUGCUUAUUCUUCUUUACCAGAUAAUGCUAUUGAUCAUUUCGUUAAACAAGCCAAGGAUAAUGGUGUUGAUAUUUUCAGAGUCUUCGAUGCUUUAAACGAUUUAGAUCAAUUAAAGGUUGGUGUCGAUGCUGUUAAGAAAGCUGGUGGUGUCGUCGAAGCUACUAUUUGUUACUCUGGUGAUAUGUUACAACCUGGUAAAAAAUACAACCUGGAUUACUACUUAGAAAUCACUGAAAAGAUUGUUGCCAUGGGUACUCAUAUUCUUGGUAUUAAAGAUAUGGCAGGUACUUUAAAACCAGCUGCUGCUAAAUUAUUAAUUGGUUCUCUAAGAGCCAAAUAUCCAAACUUACCAAUCCAUGUUCAUUCUCAUGAUUCUGCUGGUACUGCAGUUGCCUCAAUGGCACAAUGUGCUUUAGCCGGUGCAGAUGUUGUUGAUGUUGCCAUCAACUCCAUGUCUGGUAUGACUUCUCAAGCUUCUAUCAACGCUUUAUUGGCUUCCUUAGAUGGCUUAGUUGAAACUGGUGUCUCUGAACAAAAUGCUCGUGAACUAGAUGCUUAUUGGGCUGAAAUGAGAUUAUUAUACUCAUGUUUCGAAGCUGACUUAAAGGGUCCAGAUCCAGAAGUUUACGAACACGAAAUUCCAGGUGGUCAAUUAACCAACCUAUUAUUCCAAGCUCAACAAUUAGGUCUAGGUGAACAAUGGGCUGAAACUAAGAGAGCCUACAGAGAAGCUAAUCAUCUAUUAGGUGAUAUUGUUAAGGUUACUCCAACUUCUAAGGUUGUUGGUGAUCUAGCUCAAUUCAUGGUAACUAAUAAAUUGAAUUCUGAUGAUGUUAAACGUUUAGCUAAUACUUUAGAUUUCCCAGAUUCAAUUAUGGAUUUCUUCGAAGGUUUAAUUGGUCAACCAUACGGUGGUUUCCCAGAACCAUUAAGAUCUGAUGUCUUAAGAAACAAGAGAAGAAAGUUAACUACUCGUCCAGGUCUAGAAUUGGCUCCAUUCGAUCUAGCUUCCAUCAAGGAAGAUCUAGAGACUAGAUUCGGUGAUAUUUCUGAAUGCGAUGUUGCCUCUUAUAACAUGUAUCCAAAGGUUUACGAAGAUUUCCAAAAGAUGAGAGAAUUGUACGGUGAUUUAUCUGUACUACCAACCAAGAAUUUCUUAGCUCCAGCCGUCAUCGAUGAAGAAAUUGAAGUUACUAUUGAACAAGGUAAGACUCUAAUUAUGAAACUACAAGCUAUUGGUGACUUAAACAAAGAAACAGGUACAAGAGAAGUUUACUUUGAAUUGAAUGGUGAAUUGAGAAAGAUUCGUGUCAAUGAUAACUCUCAACAAGUACAGACCAUCUCUAAGCCAAAGGCUGACAACCAUGACCCAUUACAAAUUGGUGCUCCAAUGGCUGGUGUUAUUGUUGAAGUUAAAGUCCACAAGGGUUCUUUAGUUAAGAAGGGUCAACCAGUUGCUGUCCUAAGUGCCAUGAAGAUGGAGAUGGUUAUCUCUUCUUCUGCUGCUGGUUUAGUCAAGGAAGUUCUAGUUAACAACGACGAAAAUGUGGAAGCAUCCGACCUAUUGGUCGUCUUGGAAGAAGAAGUUCCAGCUGAGAAGAAAGAGUAG